ACGUAGGGGUGGGCGGGGCCUACAACGGCCUCCCGGCCUGAGGCUCCCGAGAGCGAAGCUGGAGGGGGGCAGGGAUGGCGGCGGCCGUGGCCCCCUCGGCAGCAACACCGACCGCAGCGUCUCCAGGAGGGAGCGGGGCUGGCCUUGGGACCGGAGCAGGGAGCCAGGAGGAAGAAGAGCACGAAGUGGUCCGCGUGAGGGUCAAGAAAUGCGAAGGCUUCUUGCAGCCUGAAUUUCGUACUUUUGCUGUGGAUCCACAGAUCACCUCGCUGGACGUUUUGCAGCACAUCCUUAUCAGGGCCUUUGACCUCAAUGGGAAGAAGAAUUUUGCCAUCAGCUAUCUGGGCCGAGAUAAGCAGGGCCAAGAAGCCUAUUUAUCAUUGCUGUCAGACUGGGACCUGGGCAUGGCCUUUGCUGGAGCCUCCAAGCCUUACUUGCAGCUCAAGAUAGACAUCAAGCCUUCAGAGGACAGCCCCCUGCUAGAAGACUGGGACAUAAUCAGCCCCAAGGAUGUAAUCAGUACCGACCUUCUGCUGGUGGAGAAGCGAUCCCUGGCAGCAGCUGCCCUGCCUUUUACUCAGUCCAUCAUAUCUCAGGUGGGCAGGACACUGUCAAAGGUCCAACAAGCUCUCAGCUGGUCCUAUGGUGAGGACGUCAAGCCUUUCAAGCCCCCACUGAGCGAUUCAGAGUUCCACACAUUUCUGAACCAUGAAGGGCAGCUGACUAGGCCUGCAGAACUGCGUCUCCGGAUCUUCCAUGGGGGUGUUGAGCCCUCACUGCGCAAGGUGGUGUGGCGAUACCUGCUCAAUGUCUAUCCUGAUGGCUUGACAGGUCAGGAGCGCAUGGAUUACAUGAAGCGGAAGACGCGGGAGUAUGAGCAGCUGAAGGGGGAGUGGGAAGCCCGGGCCAGCCCCGAGGACCUGGAUUUCAUUCGUAGCAAUGUACUGAAGGAUGUGCUGCGAACAGAUCGCACUCAUCCGUAUUAUGCUGGCUCUGACGAUAAUCCCCACCUGACAGCCUUACAUGACCUUCUGACCACCUAUGCCGUGACACACCCACAGAUCUCCUACUGUCAGGGUAUGAGUGACAUUGCCUCCCCCAUCUUGGCUGUCAUGGACAACGAGGCUCAUGCCUUUAUCUGCUUCUGUGGCAUCAUGAAGCGCCUUGAGGGCAACUUCCAGGUAGACGGGGAAGUCAUGUCUGUCAAGUUCUCCCACCUCAAGCUUCUCCUCCGCCACUCCGACCCUGAGUUUUACUCCUACCUCCUCUCUCGUGGGGCUGACGACCUCUUCUUCUGCUACCGCUGGCUGCUGCUGGAGCUCAAGCGGGAGUUUGCCUUUGAGGAUGCCUUACGCAUGCUGGAGGUCACCUGGAGCUCCUUUCCUCCUGAUCCCCCUGAAAAGGAAGUGGAGUUGUUGGGCCCACCAGCCAGGCCUGGAGACAGCAGCCAGCCAGUUCGAAGGAGGCACAUGUUACGUCCUGCCUGCAGCUUUGAGGCAGCUGGGGAUCAGCCCUCCCAGGGACCAGUUCCUGAAGAGAAAACACUAAUGAAGCAGUCCAGCUUUGGCGAGUUCAAAUAUUACAGUGCUCGAAAUGAGGAUAGUUCAGAGGACGACCCCUCGCCCAGGUCUCAGCGCUCCGUGGAAGAGGAUGAUGACUGCAGUGGUGAGCAUGACCCACUAAUCCAGACAACAAAUGUGGCCAAAUCCUUUUCUGCUCCAUCCCUCCGGGCCUUGACGCCCCCCUCUCGAGACUUGGCAUCCUCCUCGACCGAUGGCAAUGAGGAAAGCCAGUUGGAGGAGGAGAAGGGGGACUCAGUGGUUCACGCCCCUUUGUCUCUCUCCUGUGGACCUCCUGCUCCUGCUGCCCCUACCCCUCCAGCAGCAGUCAGCCUUCCACCCCCCCAGGAGUUUGGCAAAGGCAACCCCUUUGUGCUCUUCCUGUGCCUUGCCAUCCUCUUGGAGCAUCGGGACCAUAUCAUCAAGAACAAUAUGGACUACAAUGAGUUGGCCAUGCAUUUUGAUCGCUUGGUCCGUCGGCACAACCUGAACAAGAUCCUUCACCGUGCCAAGGCCCUUUUUGCCAAUUACCUGCAGUCUGAAGUAUGGGACUCUGAGGAGGGCGAUGAGGCAGCCGCUGAAUCUCCAGCCUCAUCAUGACACCCCUUCCUUCUUUUCUCUCAGCAUGUGGGGACUGGCUCCCUGCUGCCACUGUGGUGCAGACAUCGAUGUGGAAGUGUGACUGGCUGAUGAGUAAUCAGAUUUAGUCUUUGCUCUUCAGUAAACUUUUGAGAAGGCAGUUGGACUGAUGCACUCAAUAUAUCAUCUGAGUCCAACGUGCUCUGUUUCUAAACUAUCUCUUUGUGCAAAUACCUUGGCACAGAUGUCCCAUCUGUCUUCUGUGCCUCCUAACCUUCCAAGUGCUGAUGAUCUUCCUGGGAAGAUCUCUCUUGGAGAAACCAGGUUCUGCCCUUUGGUAGUCAUUCUCCCCCCUCUGUCCCUUGCUCUCCUAUGCAUUUUUCUGUGUCUCCGUUUACUUUAUUUCAACAGUCCUGCUAGAACAACCUUCACUGACCCAGUGCCUUUCAGUAGUGUUGGACUUAGCUGCUAUCCUAGGGAUAGUGGGAGUUGUUUUCAACACAUCUGGAGGGCUCCUGGUUGGAGACUGUUGCCACAGGAUACUGGUUUGCUAAGUGACCAAGACUGAUCCUUGACCCAUUGGAAACCUUGGGUCUUUGGUUCUAGGUGGGUUCUCCAAAAUCAUUUUUAAUUCUGAAACUUGAUGUGACUUUGUUUCCUGCAUAGAGUGAUACUUGGCGAAAGCCAAGCACUUAUGCCCUUUAUCGAAAAGUUGCCUUUUAUGCUGAGUUAUUCAAAUAUUUUGAUCUAUGUUUGAGGGUUGGUUUGUUUUUUGAAAAAGCACUUUAUUUUCUGUAUUUGUUGUUUUUGUUCUAGUACUGCCUUUCUGUUUCUCUUUAAAUUCACUUUUUAAAGAAUGAAGCCACAGCCUUGGGAGGGAAGAACACACUGGAUGUGUUUAAAAGCAGAUUGGCAACACCCUAAUGCCGUUACGGUGACUUGAGUUUUAAGCUGAAUAGUUUUUCCUUUUAUACAGGGCCAUUUCUGGGGUCUUUUAUAAACUGCUCAAGGGAAGUCAACUGUAGUAAAAGGGGGGUAAGGAGAAUGGAUGGAUCUUAAUGCCAUAGUGCCCUUGUAGAUCAGUUUGUGGGUAGGUAAACUGCUUGUGUCUGGCUUACAUGCUUAUUUCUAAUUGGUGGUUUUCCCCUGCUCCCGCAGCUGACAUAUUGCUCAAGAUUUGUUUGCUGUAGGAUAGCCAUCACCUGGCCAAGAGUGCCCUUUUCCCUUUAACUGGUCAUUUCCUUUAGCGGGCCUCCCCUUUCAAUUGUAGGUGCUUGGGCAGCUUGCCAAGUCUUAACAAUGGCUUCUCUAUGUGUUAUUAGCUUACAGGGCAAGAUCUCACUAGAAAAUAUAGCAAAACUUUUCAUAUAGGGAGAAGGAACUCACCUCCUGUCUAGAAUUAUGUGUUAAUCUGAUAUCCAGCAGUAGCACUUGAAGAUAGUGCAUGGUAGUCAGCCCAUUGACAGAAGAAAAAAACUUUGGCGGGUUACAGACCGCCAUAAGGGACGUCCUCAGGACGUCCUAGGUUUAAAAAGGGGCGUCACUUCUUGACGCCCCCAAGCCUAAUACGUCCU